AUGGGGUCGUCGAGGAGGUCGCGGCUCGCCCGGAGAGCGGCGCCAGCGUUGAGGAUCAGGUAUGCCACGCCGGUCUCCCGCCUCUCUUCGUCGUCUGGGCCCGCCAACUUGGGCGGAAGUCCGGCGCACCCUCGACAAGACCAAGGAGACAUACAAGCGGACGCGCCGACUCCGGGCGCAUCAGAGGGGCGGCCGGACGGCAACAAAGGGGCCAAGAAGGGGAAACACGCCGACGCGGCUAUCGCGCGGGUGCAGGAGUCCAUCGAGCAUUGCCUCGCCGACGCCCAGGCCCGGGCCGUCCUGCUUGAAGAGAAAACCGCGGCGCGGUGGUCGUCGUUGCUGACGAACAGCGCCAUCAAGCUCGACCUGCUCCGGACCAACGUCGCCGCGAAGAAGAGGAACACCGACCUGGCUUUUCUAAUGGGCGGGGCGGACAUGCUCCAGAGCACCGACGAGAAGCUCAAGGCGUGGUACAUGGCGGAGCGCGGCCUCAUCCUGAACCAGCUGCCGACGACGGCGACUCCAACUCCCGCGCCCACGCCCACGCCGACGCCAAGACCGAGUGAUGACGCCUCCACGACGCCCGGCAGCACCGAAGCCGCGCCGACACCGCCAAGCCCGCGCACGCCGACUCCACCGACGCCUGAGCCGACCACGCCAAAUUUGACGGAGCUGUAA